CUCCAGCUGCUCCUCUGUGAACGUGACAAAAAUGGGAAAUCAAAACGAAGAAGAAUCAGCCUCGACUCAACCAAAUCAAAGACUUGGCUCACUGAGUCACGAUCCCACGCCAACCUCAUCCUAUCAACAAAUCCAGAAAUACGACCGCCCAGAAUCGCCGCCGCAUGAAAGCCACGUGCCACGUCAAUGCCCUAAACGAUCUAAAAACGCCAACCCUUCUCCACCGUCUUUUCCAGCAAUCUUCCCGCUAGAAAUCAUCGUUGAGAUCCUCUCAAAUUUACCCGUCGAAUCCCUCCUCCGUUUCAGGUGCGUUCACAAAUCCUGGAAAUCCCUCAUAACCGACCCUUUCUUCGUAAAAAAACACCUCCAAAAAACCCAAAAUGACACAAAAUUCACUAAAAAACGAGUCUUAAUCAACUCUGGAAACACUCAAUUUCGAACCCAAGCCCAAAGCAGCAUCAAAUCAUGCUCUGUUACCGCCAUAUACAAAGACCAAAUUGUUAAUUCCUCAGAAAUUGAAUAUCCAUCGAAGAAAGCUUCUCUCUUUAAUUUGAUUGUGGGUUAUGUAAUGGCUUAAUUUGCAUUGCUAUCAGACAAGAUACAGUCUUUUUAUUAAACCCGAGUUUAGGGAUUUGUAAAAGAUUGCCUUAUUUAGUUCUUAAGAAAAGGGGGGGCUGUUCUACUGCUUAUGGGUUUGGUUUUGAUGCUUCUGUGGAUGAUUAUAAGGUUGUUAGGGUUUUUCAUUAUCAACGUAAGGGUUUUCGAGAUGGUUAUAAGAAUAUAGUUGGGGUUUAUUCAUUGAGUACUAAUUGUUGGAGGAGGAUUCAGGAUCUUCCAUUUGGCGUUCCUUGUGAUGAGCUUGGGAAAUAUGUGGAUGGGAGGUUGAAUUGGGCUAUUGUUAGUGUACAGGAGAUGGGUUUUUCUUGGAUUAUUGUUUCUCUUGAUUUGGCUCGGGAGACGUAUAUGGAAGUGCUCCAACCGGGUUAUGGAGAUGGGUUGAGUGAAAAGACCUCGGGGAUCUUGGAUGGAUUUCUUUGUGUGCUUUGUAACUAUGGGAGAUUGUAUGCUGAUGUUUGGGUUAUGAGGGAGUUUGGAAAAAGAGAUUCUUGGACUAAGUUGGUUACUGUUCCAUACACGCUCGCGACCGAGCCUGGAUCUGGAUUGUUUUCAACACCCUUGUUUGUAUCAGAAAGUGGUGAAAUCCUGCUGCAUUUAGGGACAAAGUUAAUACUGUACAAUCCUAAAGAGAAGAUGUUUAGGAUUCCUGUGAUUCAUGGAUAUGCUAUUUCUUAUAUUUUAUCAAGCAGAACUCUAUGAGGAGAGCCUUGUUUCGCCAAAACUCUAAUUAAUCUGCAUUGAUAAAUGGUGUCAAUAACUAGCAAUGUGAAAGCACUUUCUUUCCCUCUGCAACAUUAGCCUAAAAAGCUGGGAACUUUCUGUUUACGUACAUAAGUUGUAAUUUCUUAGUCUGUUUAACAUAGGCCUUAAAUAGCCAUUUAGUAAGUUGUAAUGUCUUGCUGUAUCUACAUUAACAGUCACUGAGUGGUCUUGUGUUCUAAAUUCAUGUAUUAUUAACCUGGGACCAGAUCACCUACAAUUAUAUUAUAGUGCAAUUAUCCAAUUAUAAUUCAUCAUUGUGUAAGGUCCCUAAAAAAUUAUGUACAGCUUACACUCUUAAGUGGUGGAUUCCUACAUAAUUAUUUAUUGUAAUUGGCUAAUUGCAGGAUUAUAGUAAAGAGAAUUGUAGGUGAAAUGUUUUUGUAUUAACCUAGUUGUAGCUAAAUUCAAAGUUAGUUCAUAUUGUGUGGAAAAUAUAAUUUAUUUCUCUAUAUAUAUAUAUAUUUUAAGUUCCACGGAGCGUAAAGAAAUUGAUUCAUUCCUUGACGUAUUAAAUAUGAAAAAAGAAAGAUGAGUGUGUUUGGACUUUGGAGUUGUUAGAUGGCUUUGAAAAAUACUUGUCAAUAUGAGGAUAAGUUAUUAGGCUGAAAUUAGGUCUUUUAAGGGAUGAUAAUUUGUUAUUUAUUGGGGAAGAACUUUUCAAACCCAAGCAAAAAUUAUGGUCUCAUCCAUAUUUCAUAUAAUUGAUUGAAUUUGCAGGGGAUUUCCAAGUGCCACUCCUGUAAUUUUAUAUUUAUACCCCCUUCUUUGAAAU